AUGAAGUCGAUCGCUACUCUUAGUGCAGCGAUUGCUGCUCUUGCUGGUAUAAGCAGUGCUCAAGUUACCUAUGACUCGACUACUGGAACCUUCUCGUGCCCUAUUGCCAAUGGUGCUUACUGCGCAAGUUCAUCUCUCGGUGGUCCUAUUAUCAUUCGAUGUACAAAUGGCAUUGGUCAACCCGGGAACUGUGAUGAUAACCUUGCCGGAUACUUUCCUUAUGGUGUGAACUAUUCGCCAUGUUGGGAAACUAGUGAGAAGAGUGGUGAUGCUGCUUGUUCUAAGAACUGUAUCGUCCAAGGUGCCUCCGGUAACUUCAACGGUACAUUUACCCUUCCCAACUGCACACCCAUUCCAAACCCCUCCGCUACCUCAUCUCUCAACGGUUCAACAACUACAACAUCGACCGGUACAUCAACGAUUAUCGAAGGUUCAACAACCGAACUCAUAACCUACACUACAACAUUCUCUCCUACAUCUACCCCAGUAGUUCUUCCACCUGUCACAUCACCCACUGACCCAACUACAAUCGUAAUUCCCCCAUUAAUCACAGCCCCUACUGUCUCUGCAACUCCUAUUAUCGACCCAUCAUCAGGUCUUACCACUGUCAUUUUCUCAUCCGGUACCGCUGUCAGUACCGCUGUCGGAACUGGUGGCUCGGGAGGAGGUUCGGGUGGUGGAUCUGGCGGUGGAUCAGGUGGCGGAUCUGGCGCUGGUAGCUCUGGAGUCCACAAUGGUACAACUAGCGGAUCAGGUUCCGGCGGAAGUGCGACUGCUACACCCGUUGGACCAACCAAAACUGCUACUGGAACUGGUGCGCCUGAAUAUACAGGUGCUGCUAAUAUUCUCAGUGCAGGUGGUCUCGCAGCAGUGGGUGCUGUGCUUGCUUGGUUUCUUUAA